CCAGGAGGAGGACGGGGGUGGGGGGAGCUUCUUCAGCAACCGAUCUGCUUCCUUUGGGGUUUGGCUGGAAGCUGCGCCUGGGACAAGCAAACCCUGCUCCCAUUUCCAGCCCCCAACGCUGAGGGGCACGGGGGGGGUGUUUUAGGGCUGGGGUGCCUGGGGAGGCCUCCCCCCUCCUCCUACACAGAUCAGGCCUCUCCACCCUGCCUGCCCGGGUCCAACCCCUCGCCCCCGAGCCAGGCCCGCGGGCCCAAGAGCAGCUUCUGCGAGGGGUGAUGGGGGUUUUUCUCCGCUUUCCAGAGGGUCUGGUUGGGAGUGGGAAUGUCUGACAAGGAAGGAUGACAAGGAAACGAGGCUGCAGGAAGGCGGGCAUGAGAACGGGGCACGCGUUUAAAAAUGCACCAGGGGGUUUGUCUGUUCCAAGUACAAAUUUAGAGAUUUAAAAAAACCAGCUUCCGCGCUGCCUGGGCCGCGUGUGUUACGGGGAUGCCAGGCAGGGAAGAGGUGGGAAGGGCCUGGAAGGCCAGACCGGCGGCUGCAGGUGGAGCGCGCGGCCUGGACGGCACCCCCGGGGCUCAGCGCGGGCGCCCGCUGUCCCCCUGUCCGGGUGCCCCUCAGCCCGGCCGGGCGGGUGGGAAGGGGCUGCCCUUGAAGCCCCAGGCGUGGCCUCCGUCCUGGCCCUGCCGCUCGGUAGCCCGUGACCUUCACCUGUCUGCACAAUGGAGGGGCGCAGAGGCCUUGUCCCGGGUUGGGGAACCUUGAUCAAAGGGAGAUCCCUGGGGAGGGGGUACACGGCAGGCCAGCAAGACGUCCCAGGGGGCAGGAGCCCCAGGUCAAGGCACAGUGGGCACUGAUGGCUGUGCGGCUUGGACACGGACUUGGGGGGAUGGACGUGACCACGCAGCACCAGAGGAAGGGUGCGGACGCCAGGCCUGGGUGGGUUUGCUGGAGGUUUCCGGCUGGAGACUGAGCCAGCCCUGGCCGGAGGAGGAAUGGGGGGCAGAAGCACAGAGGGGUCAGGGCGCCCACCCUAACCUGGGCGUCGGCGGGGGUGGGAGCGAGGCAGGCUGCUCCUCCCGUGCGUGGGGAAGGGAAGCCGUCCCCGCCCCCGCGCCCCCAGUCUCGGGGGGCUGCCACACCCCACGUGACUCCGCAGGAGCCCGUGGGCCCUUCUGCCCUGCUGCCACCCCCGCGGGGCUCCCAGCCCACCUCCUGCCUCAGCCCGCCACCCCCUCCCCAGCAAGACCCCUGCCUCCCUCUCCCCACUGCACCUGUGAUGCCCCCGGGAGGAAGGCUGGCGGGGAGGGGGCGACCCGGCUUGAUGAGGGUACCCGCGUCGGGCGCAGAGAGGCAGCGGAAGGACGAGGAGAGGCCGGUCGGCGUGAAGCGCUGCACAAACGCGAGGGUGCAGCCCUCCCCCUGCUCCAGGAGCCUCCACGCGCAGGCGGGUCAGCAGAGCCGCCUCCAGGCUCCUGAGGCCGCUGGUCGGUAGCCCUGUCGUCAGGCCGCCUGGGCCCUGGCUGCACCCUCCCACUGCCUGCCCUUAGGCAAGUUACUACCUGUCCCCAGCCUCCGCGUCCCCAUCCGCAAAAUGGUGUCAGCAGUGCUGCUAACCCCAGACAGUUGUUGCGGGGACUGGGAACCAUACACAGGUGUUUCCCCGCGGGCAUGCUUUCUCCCCAUGCGGAGCCCUCCUGCAGAGCUGUUACCGCCAGCAUCCCCCAUCGCUGCCGCCCCCGGCUGCCCCGGCCCCGGCCAUCCCCUGCCGCGGCCUCCCGGGAGGUGCUGGGGUCUGCGCUGCCGGGAGAGAAGUGACCUGGCCCAGGGCUUCUCGAACGUGACCAGGUACGUGAAUGGCCUGAGGUCUUGUUAAGAGGCAGGUCCCGGCCCCAUUGGCCUGGGCUGGGGCUGGGAAGCUCCUGGCGAGGCUGCUGCUGCGGGCCCGUGGACCACGCUGGAGGAGCAGAGGCCUGGGGCCCAGGGCCCGUGUUCCUAUCCGGGGGGGGUCGCUCGGCCUGCAGCUCCUCAGCCCCAUCCUCUAUCCUGAUUCUCUCAGCAGAGCCCAGCGAAGGAGGCUGGGGACCCCGCUGGGUCCGCCCUCCUCUCUGUGUCCCUGCCCCUGGGACUGGGACAGAAAUGCCCACAGGCUGUGGGGCUUGGAGCCCCGACACCGCCACCUCACUCGUUUCCGUUGCCCGCUCCCCCACCUGGGCGGGGGCUUCCCUCCCAGACGGCGUGAAUUUAUUCCUCAGUGGCCACGCCUGCCUGAGCCGCUGUGCUCCUGGCAUCCUAAUGUAGGUCACCCCUUUCCUAACGAGGUAGAGGGUUCUGGGGGCCGGAAGGGGUCCUGGGUUGGAGGUGGGCUGGAGGGCAGGGUGAUGGACCCCACAGCGCCUGAGGGGUGCUUCUGUGGUCCCCAGGGAGCGCAGGCUACAGUCCCAUGGACCUGUGGGGCCUUGUUCCCGUCACGUUUCUCCAGAGAUCCCAGGGCGUGGGUCUGAGUGUGGAAAGGGUCCUGGGUUGGGGGCGGCCCUGGGGGGGCUUCUCUAGGCCCUGCUUCCGGGCUGGAGGUCCCCCCGUGCAUCUGUCUGCCGGGGGCACGCGGGAACUGCGGGAGUGAUAGCAUCUGAGGAUGCGGGAGGGCUGCCAGCGCGCGCGUGUGCACCCGUGUGCGUGUGUGUCCUGCGCGCUCUCUGGGGGGGGGUCUGCAUCGCACGCUGUGUUGGGAGCCUGUGUGUGCACCCCGCUCAGCGCACACACGUGUCUCCCCCCAGGGGCCACUGCUGGGGGACAGUCCCCAGGGAGCGGGCCUGUGUCCCUGACCGGCCGUGUGACCAGGCACGCUGGUCUCCGCCUCUGAGCCUGGCUGGCUGCUGACCCCCCUGACACCGUGUGGGCGCUGUGAGCUGCCGACCUGCGGGUCCUCGCUGGCGAGAGGAGUGUGGGACUAUUCCAGGGGUCGGGGCCGAGGCUCACGGAGAGGGUGGACGGCGUCCUCAGUGAUGGAGGCCUGGGAGGCUGUGUGCGAGCGCAGCCCACGGUGACCGCCAUGUGACGGCUGCUGGCCUGGCACGGGCCCAGGCACAGAGACAGACACCCAGGUGUGAGACUGGGGGACCAAGAAAGAGAGGUCCCGCAGACGCGCUGGAAGCCGCCGCCCCUCCCCGCGGACACAGGGCACUGACGUCUCCCUACGUCUACCUGGGGCUCAGGUCCAAGCUUGGAGUCCCCUAGACUGCCUUGCAAGAUGAUGUAUCCUGAAUUCAGCAAAUGCUAGCUCUCCUCCCCCGAUCAGAUUGACCCUCACGGAGGGCAGUGUGUUCUGGUCACCACCUUGAGAGAGAAGGAAACCGAGGCCCAGAGGGUUUCCGUGAUUUGUUUAAGUUACACAGCGAGGGAGCAGCCGGCAGGGAUUCGAACCCAGAGCCCUCCCUGACCCGGGAGUCUGAGCCAGGAGCCCCGGGGACCUGGCCCUGGGAGGGUAGCUGGAAAGGACCCCGCAGCUGCUCUGGGCAUCUACUCCGCCCCCAGCCCAGGGCCCCGGAGCCAUCCUAUAGGCAUGUGGGUCUGCACCCCUCGCCCCACAUCUGCCCAGUGCGACUCGCUCUGCAGCCUCUGCGAGACCCCUGGUGGGGGGUGAAGCCCAGAGUGACAGGGCCCCCGAGCGGUCCCCCUCCCCGGCGGGCCCCAUCCUGAGCGGGCGCCCUUGCCGGGGCCCAGCUGCGGGCCCCCGGGGCUGUGGCGCUCGUGGGCUCGUGGGGCCAGGAGGCUGCUUGGCAGCGGUAAGCGGGGAGGAGACGGAAGAGGCCCCAGUGCCUGAGGGAGACCCUGCUUAGAUGCUGAGGUUCCAGAGGCUGCCCCCACCCCUCAGCUCCGCUCUGCUCUGCCAUUAGCCCCUCGGGCUCCCAGAAUUAAGGCGGCUGUGGGAGGGGAGCGGGAGGCUGCAGCCUGGGGCCCCCGGGUCCAGCGUGGCCACCGAGCAGGGGAGGCUGCUGGCCCGUCUCUGUCCGUUCGCCACCUCGCGCUGGGCCGGCGGCAGGGGGCCCGCAGUCCCCUUUCCCGCCCCUGUGACGGGCCCCUGGCCACGCCUGGAAGGGAGUGGGAGCAGGGCAGGUCACCUGGGAAGGGGGAGGCCCCCUCGCCCCUCGGGAAGAGGAGCCGCUCUCUGCGCUGCAGCCUCGCCCUCUCCCUGCCCCUGUGCCCCGACGGCAGCACGAGCCCCCGCGCUGAUGAGGUUUAUCCCAGACCUGCCGGCGGCAGAAGACAGAGCACGGCCGCUCACCCCCCGGGAGACCGCGGAGGGCAAGCAGGGGGCUUCCCCGUGGCAAGAGCCGGGCCUGGGCCUCACCCGCGAGCCAACGGCCGCCCCUACGCGGGGCCUGGUCUCUGCCUCCUCGGGGGCCAUGGACUGACCGAGCGCACAAGCGGCUCCUCCCUCCCUCGAGGUGCCGGGCCUGACAGCCACAGCCACCAUGCUGGCCCCGGGCAGCGGCCCCGAGCUGAGCACCUGGUUUGCCCCGCUGUGGAGGCAGAUCUCUUGGCUCACCUGUUGGAUCGCCCUGUGCACGGCGGAGGCUGCCCCCGCCUGCCCCCUGCCCUGCACGUGUGACGGCCACGGCCUGCAGGUGGACUGCAGCGGCCGGGGCCUCGCCGCGCUGCCCGCGGACCUGCCGGCCGCCACCCGCAGCCUGCUGCUCCUGAACAACAGGCUGAGCUCCCUGCCCGCCGGGGCCUUCGCCGGCCUGUCGGGCCUGCAGCGGCUGGACCUCUCCAACAACUUCCUGGACGGGCUGCCGCGCGCCGCCUUCGGGGGGCUGGCCAACCUGACGGAGCUGCAGCUGCGCAACAACAGCCUCCGUGCCCUGGACCCCGAGCUGCUGCGGCCCCUGGCGCGCCUGCGCCACCUCGACCUGUCCCUCAACGGCCUGGCCCGGCUCCCACCCGGCCUCUUUGACGGGCUCCCCGCCCUGCGCUCCCUGUUCCUGCGCGCCAACCGCCUGCAGAGCCUGGACCGGCGGACCUUCGAGCCCCUGGCCAGCCUGCAGCUGCUGCAGGUGGGGGACAACCCCUGGGAGUGCGACUGCCACCUGCGGGACUUCAAGCACUGGCUAGAGUGGUUCUCCUACCGAGGGGGGCGCCUGGAUCAGCUGGCCUGCACCCUGCCCAAGGAGCUGAGGGGGAAGGACAUGCGCGUGGUCCCCAUGGAGAUGUUCAACUACUGCUCCCAGCUGGAGGACCAGAGCAGCUCAGCCGGGCUGGAGGUCCCCGGGCCACCCUGCACCAAGGCCAGCCCGGAGCCUCCCAAGCCCAAGCCGGGCCCCGAGCCCGAGCCCGAGCCCAGCACCGCCUGCCCCCAGAAGCAGAGGCCCCGGCCCGUGAGCGUGCGGCGGGCCGUCGGCACCGUGAUCAUCGCGGGGGUGCUGUGCGGUGUGGUCUGCAUCAUGAUGGUGGUGGCCGCUGCCUACGGCUGCAUCUACGCCUCCCUCAUGGCCAAGUACCACCGGGAGCUCAGGAAGCGCCAGCCCCUGAUGGGCGACGCGGAGGGCGAGCACGAGGACCGGAAGCAGGUCUCCUCCGUGGCCUGAGAGCCCAGGGCGGGGCCGGGGGCCACGCCAGCCCCCCUCCCGCCCC